GGCGGCAAAGCUAAGCCCCUCAAGGCUCCCAAGAAGAAGGCUCCAACGGAACAAGAUGACGAAGACCAGGCCUAUAACCUAAAGAAGAGGGCUGAUGAGAAAGCGAGGAAGGAACUAGCGGCCAAGGCUGGAGGGAAAGGUCCGCUGAACACUGGUGCCCAAGGCAUUAAGAAGUCUGGAAAGAAAUGA